UACCAAUUAAAUAAAUAAUACCUGUACAAAAAUGGUUCAUCAGUCAUCACCUAAUUUCCCGAAUCAUACAGUUUAUCACAAAAAUAAAAUUGCAUGCGUACCCAACAUGGAACCAAAACCUCUCACGCUAUCGCAUACAAUGAGAGGGCCUCUUGUUUUGUUUAUAGGUUUUGUUGUUUAUACAGACAUCAACCUAAUAAUACCACCCCAGCUAUAAAAAUAACUUCGUCUUCGCCAAGUAACUGAUUCAAACCACAUGUAUGAUAUUUUCUCGUCUUCUUUCACUGUCGAUUAAUCUGAUUCCACAUCAAUUUCUUUGUUAUAAAGCACCACACACAGCCUUAAUAAAGACCAACUCCGAAGCCAAGCAUCUCUUCUUUAAUUCUUUGUCCCACCCACUCCAAGAAUUUCCAAGAAACUCUGUACCCAAAUCAAGAAAACAAUUCGAGCCUCUUCAUCUUUCUUUCUUUGCUUUCGUUAUCAGUACAAUGAAGGUCCACCCAACUCUAAAGAAACGAAAUUUUAUCGUCUCCGAUCAUGACGGUGUCGUUUCUUCCACCACCGCUAGUCCAAACCCAAAGAAACUUAAAAGACUCCCUCACGUGUUUGCCAAAGUGCUCGAGCUUCCCUUCAACUCAAAUGCCGACGUUUUUCUCGAAGAAACCCAAGAUUCUUUCCUUUUUAUCGCUGACAAUGCAAGCGGCGACGAUGGUGAGGAAACCGCAGCCGACGACUUCCGGGCUCACGUGAUCAAGAUUCUACCGGGAGUGACAAAGAUUUCAGUACUAAAAGUUGCACACAGUGGUAAUGUUGGUUCUUGCGAGGAUGAGGAGGUUAAUAUAGACACGUGGCGAUUCCGGCUUCCCUCAACUGCGUGUGCGGAGAAAACAAGUGCGAUGUGUAUUGGUGGGCAGUUGGUUGUUACAGUUCCUAAAGUGAUGAAUGUUGAAAAUAUGGUACGAGAUUUAGAGGAUGAUGGUCAUGAAAAAUAUGAUGAAUAUGAAAACUUGGAACGUUAAUAAUGCCAAAGAGAGUUUGUUUCAUUAAUAGAAUAAUUCGUUUUUUAGGGUUUUGAUGUUUUUAUGUUAAUAAUGAGUUGAAUCUUGAUAUCGAAGGGUGAGCCGAGUAACAUGUAAAGGUUAAUCUGCAAGUAAUUUUGAUCUAAAGAUUCAUCUUCUGUUAA